GGUGGCUAACGUAAACAAAAGUUAAAAAUCAUAACCAUAAAUAUGUUUACUGAUAUUACACUCGAAGCAGUAACAUUUAAAUCAAACUGGAAGAAAGAAAGAUCUUUGGCCAGUAGUGGUUGUCAGACCGCAGAUCUUGUGUUUGAAGAAGUGGCGUGCCAAUCAAUUAAAUACAAAACUGUAAAGAUCCAGACUGAAGAUGACAGCGAUAAGUUUACAGGCUUUGCAAAGGAUGAUUCUGGAAGGCUGGCAGAAUUUUUACAGCGAGUUGAACCUGUUAUGCAUAAACAACUUGAAAUGAACUUAAAAAGCCAUGCCUUUGAUGAUUAUGAAGUGACUUGGGAUGAAGGUUCCUCCACAAUGUCAGCCAUCCACAAGCUCUCAAAUGCUGCACAUGAAGGACAGUUUCAGAUCACAGGCUUAUCUUGGAACUCAACAGGGGCAGUUAUUGCUGCUUCCUAUGGGAGAUUUGAUCAUGAAGACUGGUGUACUCACAAAACAUCACUUUGUACAUGGAAUUUAGAACGGCGCAAUCUUGACGAAAACAAACCAGACACAACUCUCGAGGUAUCAAGUUGUCUGAUGUGUACAGCUUUCCACCCCACAAAUCCAGCUUUGAUAGCUGGAGGAACGUAUAAUGGUGUUGUGAUUGUGUGGGACUUGAGUCGGGAUGAUGACAUGGUAUUGACCUCUUCUGGACUUGGUGAUGACUCGCACAGGGAACCAGUUUCUAAGGUCACAUGGGUACCAGACACAUCGUCCCUUAAAAAGAACAAAUACUUGCUUGUCAGUGUCAGCAGUGACGGUAAAAUGCUUGUUUGGAAAAUGGACAGGAAGACAAAGCAGAUAGAACUGCAUAAUGGUUUUGUUUUGAUGAACAUGAAUCUCCCCACACAAUUGCGUAAAUCGCGGAGCAUGCGAAGUGACAAGGAGGUGGGCGUGACCUGUAUCUCAUACAAUGCAGAGAAUAAGGAGAGUUUUGUGAUUGGCUCUGAGCCUGGAGCAGUGUUUAAAUGUUCCAUGUCAGCACAUGGAGAACCAGCAGGAAGUGGCAGUGAAACAUAUCGAAUCAGAGAUGGUAAUAUUAUAUCAUCUGUCCAACUAAGAUCUCCUGUGACUUUCACAUAUGCCUAUCACUAUGGGCCAGUGUAUUCAACAGAGUUCUCUCCCUUCCACAGGAAUGCUUUUCUAACCUGUUCCAUGGACCAGACAUUACGUUUAUAUAACAUGCUUCAGAAACAGCCAAUCAUGACCAUUGAACCAGGAGAGGGUGUGAUUUACUCAGUGAAGUGGUCAUUCAGUCGUCCAGCCAUGUUUGCAGCCACUACAGACACUGGGCUGCUUUUACUGUAUGACCUGACCCAGAAUCAGCCAGUCCCUGUGUAUAAGUUAGAGGCAGGCGGGCAGAUAGGGAACACUAAAGCACCUGUACUUACCUGUCAGUUCAACCCUCAUCAACACAACCUGAUUGCUACAGGGGAUUCCACAGGUUGUAUACAAAUUUUCCGCAUCAGUGAUAAUUUGAAGACGCCUGUGUCACGUGAUUUGGAGGUUUUAAGUGACUUGGUUGAUAUUAAAUCAGAGUCCUAACUUCUGUAAAUUAGUAAACUGUUAUGUAUAGAUCUACAAAUUAACUUAAAGCUAACUUGUCAAUAAAAUCCGUCCAAUUCAAAAAGAUUUAUGUGAUACAUUGUUGUCAUCCUCCUUUAACUGAAUCCUCUAAACCAUAGUAAAUUAUCUGUAUGCACAGGUACAUGUACUAGUAUGUCUGCUUUCCUUAAACUGUAUUCAUUUAUACUUGCUUGAAUCCUCUUAUUGGCUCUUAAUCUUUUGUCCGAACUGUACCAAAUUCUUUUGAACUCUUAUGAAUUUGUCUGUCAACUGUAUAAAUUUCUUGUUGCCUA